AUGCCUUUAGCCUUGACAUUCGCGAAGCCCAGCUGGCAAGCAGCAGAAGCUCUUUUACUGGAAAAUUAUCCGCAACCGGAGCCAAAGGACAAUGAGGUUCUAAUCGAAUUCCUUGCUGCACCAGUUAACCAUCUUGACUUGCUGGUUAUCGCUGGGAGAUAUCCCAUCAAGCCAAAAUUCCAACUUAACGGGAACCACGUGGGGGGCUUUGACGGUGUGGGCCGAGUUUUGAAGUGUGGCAAAGAUGUCACCAAACUUACCCCAAGUGAUCUUGUCAUCCCAAAAGCCCUGGGUUUAGGGACAUGGCGUACACAUGCAACAUUGAUAGCGGACGAUUUGAUCGCGAUUCCCCCCACGCCGGACGUUACCUUUGCGGCAAUUCUCAAAACCUGUGUGCUCCCAGCCUAUUUGCUACUCGAGGAUAUGAAGCAGCUGAAGCCGGGUGACUGGAUUAUUCAAAAUGCAGGGCUGGGAGCCAUUUCGCAGAUGAUUUCUCAGCUUGCGCAUUUGCGUGGGGUGAAAGUGAUAUCCGUUAUUCGCGAUCGUUCGCCGGGAACAACCUGGAACACUGCAGCCGACAUUGUUCUCAACGAAUCGGAAUUACCAAACGCAGAAAUUUUAAAGGGGAAACGUAUCAUGCUCGGCCUAGACUCCGUGUUUGGACAGUCGGGAGAAAAAAUCGCAAGCUGUCUUUCAGCCCACGCAACCUUCGUAAAUUACGGCCAGCUGAGCGGUGGUGGCCCAGCUGCGUCUGUCAAUUUGACCCAUCAACAGAAGCUCUUUGCGGAUGGCAGGUUGAAAAGCCCCAAAUGA